GGCGACUGAAGCGAAGCGAGUAAAGGUGGAUGAUGCUUCAGAGCGCCUGCAGGACUUCCUCCAGUGGUGUGACAGAGUCGGUUUGGUCCUGAGUAAAAAGGUUUGUUAUGACAUUCUGCACCCUGACAUCCAGCCAGGAUGCAGAGUAAACAUGCAGUUUCCUCAGUUUUACUGGAACGAAGAAGUUUUCAGCAGUGGCUGUAAAACAAAAGGAUGGAUAGUCUAACCGUAGUGUGGAAGAUCUGUCAUGCUGUGGGCCUGUUUCUCUUUCAAGAAACUAGGAAUCAUUGAGUCUAUAAAAUAAGUGGAUGUUUUCAGUAGAAAUCAGGUAGAAUCUGUCAGAAAACUAAUAAUGUGUCUUUGUUUGGUCUCUCAGCAGAAUAGUGAUCCAGAGAAAUUGGCCAGAAAUGGUUCACCAGACACAGAAAACAACAUUCUGCCAUGGUGGCCAUCACAGUUUCUGGGCCUAACUCCAACAGUCUCAUGAAGGAUUUUAAAGUGUGCCUGAGCACAGAGGGAACAGUGGUAGAUUAUGGGAUGCUGGCGAAGGAAGACAUCGAGGAAGGAGAGGUUUUGUUCACCAUCCCCAGAUCUGCUCUUCUCCACCAGGAAACAACAAAGGUUUCUGCUUUGUUGAAGAAAGAGAAGUCGUCUCUGGAGAGCACUUCUGGUUGGGUUCCCCUGCUGCUGGCUCUGCUUUAUGAGUCCACAUCUCCUGAGUCCCACUGGAGGCCGUACCUCUCCCUGUGGCCUGGCUUCAAAGCGUUGGAUCAUCCCAUGUUCUGGUCUAAAGAGGAGCGAGACAAACUGCUGAAGGGAACAGGAGUCCCAGAGGCGGUGGCGACGGAUUUAUCCAACAUCCAGAGAGAGUACGCAGAUAUCGUCCUGCCUUUCAUAAUGAGACAUCCCGAGCUGUGGAACCCCAACACACACACUCUGGAGCUGUACACACAGCUGGUGGCCUUCGUCAUGGCCUACAGCUUCCAGGAGCCGCAGGAGGAAGAGGAUGAUGAAGAGGAUGAAGAGCAGAGGGCCCCCAACCCUCCCAUGAUGGUUCCCAUGGCAGACAUGCUGAACCACGUAUCCACGCACAACGCUAACCUGGAGUUCAAUCCGGACAGCCUGAAGAUGGUUUCUGUGCGCCGCUUGCGUAAAGGCGAGGAGGUCUUUAACACGUACGGACAGAUGGCCAACUGGCAGCUGCUGCACAUGUACGGUUUCACGGAGCCGUAUCCGGAGAACAGCAACGACACGGCGGACAUUCCCGUCGCCUGCCUCUACCAAGCCGCAGCGCAAGACGUUCAGUCUGAGCCGGAGCGUCAGCUUUUUGAUGAGCGCUUCAAGGUUUUGUCCCAGAUGAUGGAGGAGAACGCAGCGUUUGUGUUCAGUGAUCAGGGCUGCCUCACAGACUCCGAGCUGCACUCUGCACUCAAGCUUCUGUCCAUGUCGCAGGAGGAAUUCUCAGAAUUCAGAGACAACGAAGGAUGGGAGGACGACGACGAAGACGACGACGAUAAAAUCUCCCAGGCCUUCUCCAACGAGGGUCUGCCCGAUUUAAAGUCGUCAUGGAAACGUCUGAUCCACGAGGCAGCCCGGCUCACGCUGAGGUCGUACGGGGACGCAGAGUUGGAGAGCGACCGGAAGCUGAUGGAGGACGGAGCGGAUCUGAAAGGACGGAGCAGCAGGAGGUGGAGGGCGCUGCAGGUCCGCUUCGGACAGAAAGUCAUCCUGCACAGACUGCUGGAGCUCACCGCGUCCUGACCCCUGGAAACAGACCAUAAACAUCUGUCUGCGCUCGUUUCUGUUCGUUUUCACAGCUUCACCGGCUGCGGCGCCAUUACAGAUAUCCACAAAACUUCAAAGAUAUUCCACUGAUGUCGAUAAAACACAAUUAUGCAAUUACGGUGUUUCCAAUAAAUAACUGAUAAAAAAUGA